AUGUCACUCAAGCUGUGUGCCGCGGCAAAAUCGAUUCUUCACAAGCCACUUUUGUCUGCACUGACUCCGAAAGGAUCACAGUAUCAUGAAAAGGUAAUGAAACAUUCCGAAUUGUUUGAAACUACAUUAGCCUAAGGUUAUCGAUCACUACGAGAACCCCCGAAAUGUUGGAUCCUUAGACAAAAACGAUCCCAACGUUGGAACUGGGAUUGUAGGCGCGCCUGCCUGUGGAGAUGUUAUGAAACUGCAGAUAAAGGUUCCUAUAUACAAGAAUCACUUGAAAGGUAAUUCUUAGGUUAACGAAAAUGGUAAAAUUGUGGAAGCAAAGUUCAAAACGUUUGGAUGCGGCAGUGCGAUUGCAUCUUCUUCACUGGCAACGGAGUGGAUAAAUGGAAAAACGAUUGACUACGCUGCAAAAAUUAAAAACGACGAAAUUGCGAAAGAACUGUGUUUGCCACCGGUCAAGCUGCAUUGUUCAAGUAAACUUGUUUUAAAAUGAAGUUUUUCAAAACACGUUUUUCAGUGCUCGCACAAGAUGCAAUCCAGGCAGCUCUCAACGACUACAAAAAGAAGCAAACUUUGAAGAAUGGCUAG